UGCAUGUUUAAUUUAAUUAAAUACCAUUCGUAGUUUAGUCCGCUUCAGAAUCUCAUGUUUGCUUAAACUUAGACCGAUUUCUUUAUUAAUACUGAAAAUGCUAAAAUCUGUCGGUAGUUUGUUUAUUGUUUUGAAUGUUGUGGUUUCGGGACAACUCGAUAUUGGAGUAGAAGACGAGAAUUUCCUGGACAAUGAUAUUCCUAGUCAUGGAAUCUAUGGCGAUGCUGGCCUACUCACAAGAACUCGCUAUUUGAAUGUAUCUGAACACCCUGGAGAGCUUUGUAACCGACGCUGUGAAGCAAAUGAACAUAAAGUGUGUUAUUUCAAUUUUGUACUGGAACAUUACCAGGCAAUGGGAGUUGCAUGUGGUAAAUGUGCUCAGGGUGUUGUUGAAGACUGCAACAAUCCCCAGUGCAUUGUUGGUGAUGGUGUUGAGAAAGGAGUGAUGAGUAUUAAUCGAAUGAUCCCAGGACCAGCCAUUCAGGUUUGCAAAGGAGACCUCAUAAUUGUCGAUGUGGUUAAUAAUGCACAUGGGACUGCAGCCGCAAUUCAUUGGCAUGGACUGCAUAUGAGAGACACUCCUUGGAUGGAUGGUGUUCCGUAUACAACACAAUGUCCCAUUCCGUAUGCAACGACUUUUCGUUAUACAUUUUCGGCCACAGAAGCAGGAACCCAUUUUUAUCACUCCCAUGCAGGACAUCAUAAAGUGAAUGGGCAAUAUGGAGCCUUAAUUGUUCGAGAACCAUAUUUUGAAAGUGCGCACUCUAGUGAAUAUGACUUCGACUUGCCAGAACAUCACAUACUCAUUUCCGAUUGGAUGCAUGCAUAUGGCGAGCAAUUGUUUCCAGGUCUACCAUCAACAGGCGGGAUAUUCCCAGAUUCCCUCUUGAUAAAUGGACGUGGCACUUACAUUGAUCCAAAAACGAUGAAUCACACAAAUGUGCCAGUAACAAAGUAUAUCAUAAAACCUGGGAAGAAAUACCGAUUCCGUAUUAUAAAUUCAGUUAGUCAUGCUUGUCCAGUCCAGCUUCAGGUUGAAGGCCACAGCUUAUCAAUUAUAUCAUCAGACUCUAACGAUGUCGAACCACGGCCUUUUGAUACACUCGUAACGAAUUCUGGCGAAAGAUAUGAUUUUAUACUUUCUGCAAACUAUACAAAAGGCGACUUUUGGAUCCGAGUGUGUGGCUUGGGAGUUUGUGCCAUCAAUCCAACCGAAUCGUUCGCCCUGCUUAGGUACGGGACAAACGAAGCUAAUGAUGAGGAUAUCAAAGACCAACCACAACCAGCUUUCCCAGCCUACAACGAAACUUUCCCUCCUGGCGUUUAUCUUAAUCAUCCCAAUGCAAGUUGUUUUGAAGGCAGUGGCGAUCAUUGCAUAACGGAACUUAAUGCACUGGAGGAGGACAAUGAACUCCUUUACAAAGAACCAGAUCACAAGUUCUUUUUAGCCUUUCACAAUUUUCCUGUUCCCAACGAGGAGAUAUUCCAUCCGGGAAGCUUCCAUCACUUUUCAAACUUGCAAAACAAUUUAACCAUCGUCGGAGCCGUGAAUAACCUAAGUUUGGUGUUUCCGCCAGCGCCACCACUUACCCAACCAAAAGAUGUUGACGAGUCGCAAUAUUGUGAUGAGUACCAUUGGCCCGAACAUUGCAUUGGAAAUAGACUAUGCCCUUGUAUCCAUCGCAUACAAAUUCGAAAGGAUAGUAUUGUUGAGUUGGUAAUUGUGGACGAAUCGACCGCUGUUGGUCGGAUGCAUCAUCCAUUCCAUUUACACGGUUAUCGGUUCAUGGUCACUGCAUUAGGCCAACAUCCAUUAGGCCUACCAAUGACAGUGGCCAGGGCAAUGCAAAUGGAAAGACAAAGGGGUCUGCCACGAAAUUAUCACAAUAAUAGGCCUCCAUUUAAGGACACAGUUUCAAUACCAAGUUGUGGAUUUGCUGUCGUAAGAUUCCGAGCAAAUAAUCCAGGAUACUGGCUUAUGCAUUGUCAUUAUGAAUGGCAUCUGGCUAUAGGUAUGGGAUUAAUAUUGCAGGUCGGAAGGCAACAUCAAAUGGUUUCCCCACCCAGAGGCUUCCCUGAAUGUAAUAACUACAUACCGCGUGUAAGAGAUCCAAGAUUUUGAAAUAAUUUAAAUUCUUGCAAACAAAACGAAUAAAUAUAUAUGUAUACAUAUGAGCAAAAAAA